UGCUGGGCAGUGGCAUCCUCAGGAGUAGGUGCAGCUCACCAAACUGAACCAUCCACUGGAAGGUGGGAGAUUGGGUUUCUAGGUAGCAUACCAGAGCUGGGAUCGCCUUACGGCUUUGCUGUUCCACCUGGAAGGCGGCAACAUCAAUAAUUUAGGCCAGGCCGUCGUCUCCCAUUGUUCAAACACCUGGCACACAAUGCUACAGAAGUCUGGGAAGCAGCACAAGAGAGACCACACAGAGCAGCCGAAGGGGCUCCCCAUGGAAAACGGUGUGCCCCGGGAGACUGGAGGCCCUCAGCCCCCUGCAGAAGCGGGCAGAGUUGCUCCGAGCCAGGAGGGCACAGCUCCAGGACAACCCCCGCACCCACCCCGGGUGCGGCCUCGGCUCAUCUUCCACACCCAGCUGGCCCAUGGGAGCCCCACUGCCAAGAUUGAGGGGUUCACCAACGUUAAGGAGCUCUAUGCCAAAAUUGCAGAGGUCUUUGACAUCUCCCCGACAGAGAUCCUGUUCUGCACUCUGAACACCCACAAGGUAGAUAUGCAGAAGCUCCUGGGCGGCCAGAUUGGCUUGGAGGACUUCAUUUUCGCUCAUGUCCGUGGUGAAACCAAGGAGGUGGAGGUCACCAAAACAGAGGAUGCUCUGGGACUUACUAUCACAGAUAACGGGGCUGGCUAUGCUUUCAUCAAGCGUAUUAAGGAAGGCAGCAUAAUCAACCGCAUUCCAACGGUGUCUGUUGGGGACAGCAUUGAAGCCAUUAACGACCAAACCAUUGUCGGGUGCCGCCACUACGAAGUUGCCAAGAUGUUGCGUGAGAUGCCCCAGGCACAGCCAUUUACAUUGCGCUUGGUGCAGCCUAAACGAGCUUUCGAUAUGAUCAGCCAGAGGACCCGAAGCAGCAAGAGCUCAAGUGAGGGGAAAAUAGCUAGCGGAAAGGAGACCCUACGGCUGCGUGCAAUGGGCGCUGCCACCAUAGAGCAGGCGCCAAGUGAGUUUGAGGAGGAAGCUGCUGGAAAAAUGGAUGACUUAUUGGAAAGCUACAUGGGCAUUCGUGACCUGGAAUUGGCAUCAAGCAUGGUGGAGAUGUCCAAAGAAUGCCAGAGCCCUGAAGACUUUGCUCACGGUCUGGAUUUGCUACUGGGUGAAUUUGCUUUCCCAGAAGAGUUUGUCUCGGAGGUCUGGACUGCAGUUUGUGAGAACAGGGAAAGUUCUGAGUAGUUUCAAGAGGUGGGCUGGGAAAUGAAGGCUGUUUCUUUCUUUUCCACCCCACUCAUCCCUUUCCUCCUUUCUCUACUCUGGCAUUCUCCAUAUCUUGCACACACUGACCAUCUGGGAUUUCUCUCCAGAAUCAUAACCUAUUGCUCAAGAAUGAAGAAUGAAACCUUUGCAAAAUUGCCAGGGGUGACUCCAAACAGUAGCACCAUUGACAACAUGCUCUCCUGCUGGGGUGGAAGGAACUUACCAGUAGUAGAGAGAUGCUACCAUUUUUGGUUGUUACUUCUAGUUAGCAUCUAUACUGGAUCUUCUUCCAGUAGUAUUCCAAAAUACAGUUGCUACUCUGUAGGCCCAUGUUAACAGCACAGCAUGGUAUCUGCUCUGUUCAAGAUGGAAGUGCAAGAUACCUCCUCAUAAUUGCAGAGUAAGUAGGAGAAUGCUUGGAGAGACACAGUUUCUUGGCAACCCACUGCACUGCAGUUUCAGGCUUCAGUUAAUGAUUGGUUUCUCAGUCCAGUUUUCAAACUGGAAAGUAUGUGAACAAUUAUUCCUCACAGGGUUGUCUGCAGGGUAUGGUGAAA